AUGUAAACAUUUCAUUAGAAUCCAGGGAUUAUUCAAGUUAAAUUUACAAGUCAAAAAAUUUUCUUCGGUUAAGCUCAUGUAGCCAAUGGAGACUGGAUUCUUGAAAAUCACAAUUUUUCGGGGUCUUUCUCGUCCCCUAUUUUUUUCAACUUUUUGUUCUUUGAGGCUUUAAACUUCUAAAUUUCACCAAUCAAUGGCCUCAUUGUUCAGUAUUUGAGUGAAAACGAUGAUUUUUCAAGAGGAUUUAAGAUUUCAAAAAUAUUUGAAUUUUAAAUUUUGGCGGUCGUCUAGCCAGCAACUCCCUCUAAAAUAAUCCAGGCCUUAAAUAUAAGAAUCCAGCAAAAAUCCACUCUAUAAUUAUUAAUAUUAUUAAAUAAUCCAGUCCUGGCUUCCUCAAAAAAACUUACAAUGAAUGAAAUUGGCUAGCAAGAUCCUUUGGAUCCACCAAACGAAACUCAUAUAGUUGAGAUUUCCAGAGAUGAUGUCUCUUGGCUUCUAGAAAACUCAGUUCUAGAUCCUCAACAGCCUUUGAAGCAACUUCCAAAAGGUUGGAAAUCUGAGUACAAAGAUGCUUCAGAUAGCUCGAAGAUUAAUCGAGCAAAGCUAUUCUUGAAAGAAAACGAUUACAAUUUGGAUUUGUUGCUAUAAUAAUUCAUUAACAAUUGUAAAGUCAAGAAGCCAAAAUCAAUUGCAAUCUCUGAUAUUCACUCUGAAAGAACCUAAAGUGUAAGUAUUUAAGAUAAACAAAGUCAAAUCGAUAAAGCUGAAUUAAGAAGCAGUGAAGCUCUGGGAUUUAUGGCGCCUCUUCAGAUGGCUCCAACGAUUCCAAUUAAUAAUGGCGCCAUCAUAACUCACGAAAAUAUCAUUCGCUAUAUUGAGAAAUUCAUCAAUUAAGAUCCAUUACAAAGAUAUGAUAUUAUCUCGGAGAUCGUGACUCGUAACACUCAAAGUUUAUUUGUUUUUUUGUAGUACUUAGAGAACAAAAACCAAGGCUUAUAUACAAUCGGCAUGUUUAACCUUCUGAAUGAAAUAUUAUAAAAUUUCAAAUAUCUAGAAGAUGAUUCCAAGUCCAGAAUUUUUCUAGCAUCACUCAAAUACUAUAAAGGUGAAAUACUUAAUAUUGAUGAGACUAUCAUCAAAGACUCAAUGUAGAUGCUGAUUCGUUCACCGAAUGCAAGACAGGCUUUAGGUCUUUCCAACUAUGUGACAGUCAAUGAAUGUGAAACAUUCUCAAAGAAUGAGAGUGUCCUCAAGAAACUUGAUGAUUCGAAUCCUGGAAUUCUACAAUUAAUGAGUGACACUUGGGAUGCUUUUGGAGUAGAUUAUGAAGUAAAAUGUCUCUUGCCAAGUUCAUUGUUCAUACUGAAUGUGCCAUUCAUAUAAGUACUAAAAUCUAACUCUGGACUAGCACUUGUUCGAGAUAUUCCAUCAUUGUACAAUGAGUGCUUUAUCUAAAUAUGUGCAUUCUCAACUGUACCUAGUACUCAAGCACUUCGAGAAUAUAUUAGCUUUACUAGGAAUAUGUUUCUUUAGAAACAAGAAGUACUUGAUUAAUAAAUAAUGCUAUAUUUCUUGAAUCGCAUAGCUCAACUACUGAUUGAAAGAGAUCCAACUUGGGUUGGAAAAGUAGAGGACUUUAAGAGAUUGUAAUAGUAAAUUGUUACAGCUUAGAUUGAGAAAGGAGUCAAGUUAAGUGAGUUAACUAUUAACUCUCUCUUGAAAGGAGACAACAGUGAAAUGCAAAGAAUUUUAAAGCUUCCGAGAGCUAUAGAGGGACUCUCAACAAACAUUAUCUUUGAUCUUUUGAAGCUGUUUGAAACUAAAAACAAUGAUAAUGACUAGGUAAAAUAGUUCUCUCUCAAGAAUGAUUAAGACAAACUUGAAGCAAGUUUAACACUUGAGAGACUAUAGAAGCACCUAGGAUUUAAACUCUAUGAGUCUCAAAUAUUGUGCAUGAAUUACAUUCAAAGUUACUUGAAAUCGAAUCACUUUAUCUAGUUUGGAAUAGGCAAUGGAAAAACUUUGCUUUCUAUUACCUUAGCAAUUAUGAUUUCUAUAGACACACAGAAUUCAGUCUUCAUAGUAAGUAAGAACGAACAUCUUGUUUAACGAGACAUAAAGAAAUAUGAGAGUCUCAUUCAAAAGAUGAACUUGAAUUGCAAUCUUAAUUAAUGCUCGAAAGCAUUAGGAAUUUAUUUCUAUACUUAAUCAUCCUUGAAAAAGUAAUUAAGUAACUCAAAGUUUCAACAAUCAUGGAGUGAAAGUAUUGUGAUAGUUGAUGAGUAUGAUUGGAUUUUCUUUGAUGGAUCAAUCAAAACUAUCGUAGAUAAUGUCAAAGAUUACAGUAAAGCUAAAAAUGUAAUUGGUUUCUCUGGAAGUGAACUGAAUCUCAAAGAAAUCAAGUGCUUAGAACUAGUCUUUAAAUGUACUCCAGUUGUAUUUCCAACAUUAGAUUAAUUGAAAGGCAGCAAAAAAAUAUAGAGAAAUGACAUCUUGAUUUCAUCAAACAAAGAUGAAUACUUGUAGUUCAUUAAGACAUAAAUUCAAGAAAACAUCUAGUACUGUCCAGUCUUGAUUGUAGCUUCUGAAAAAUACAGUGUCAUCGAAACUGGAUUGAAGUACAGUGGCUUUGAUUUCACAAGUCUUGCAAAGACUCAAGCCUAAACUAUUGAAGCAACCAUUGAAGGAAGAUACUUGAUGAGAAAUCAAUUGAAGUAGUUUGGAGUUUAUCUUAUGAAUGAGUCAUAAGGUAGAGGAACUGACAUUCAGACUAAUGAUGAAAUAGAAAGUAAUGGAGGAUCUUAUCUUAUUAUUGCUGAUGUUUUCAGCAAGAGAUCUGAAGAAUAGAUUAUUGGCAGAGUUGGGAGGCUUAAUACAAAGGGCAAGUGGUAAAGAAUUCUCUAUCAGCAAGGCAUUAAAGAUAGUGCUGAGUAGCACAUUCUACAAUUCUAGUAGAUUUAAGACUUGCAAGAAGAUAAAAAACUAUCACAAGUUUAGUCUGCGAUUGAGGAAUUCGUUGAAUCAACUACAGCAAUUAACAUUGAACAACUUUAACAAAAGGAAUUAAUAGUAGAUCUAGAAGAAACUAAAGUAGAUAAAGAAGGAAAGAUUGUUCAUCCAGAUUAAUCAGAUGAUUAAUUAAUCGAAAUCGAUUUGAUUAAACAACAUGAUAUGGUGAAUACAAAUGAAUUGCAAUCCAAUAUAAUCAAAGUUGAUUAAAUCCCAUUUGACUAAAGUGAUAUAGAUUAACAUUAAGUCUAGAAAGAAACUUCUAUACUUGAUAUUGUUGUUGACAAGUUAAGAUAAAUUCCUCAACUAUAAGAUAAGAGUGAUCAAGAUUUAAAGGGAAUAAUGAUAAAGUCUUACUAAGCAAGUCAAGUCACUAUCGUUAAUGAGAUCCAAGUUGAAAAAAUCAAGGAGAAUAACUAAUCAACUUUACAAACUAAGGAUACAAAAGUUAAAAACAAAAGAGUUGCAAAGCAAAAACUUAAGUAGGAAGUUAAAAUUCAAGGUAUUAGAAAAAGCAAUAGGAAUAUUUCUAAGCAAGUGAAUGCUUCUAAUAAAGAUAAGAAUGACAAAUUGAUAUUGAAUUCAGAGAAUGAACAUUAUGAGAAGAUGCAAAUUGAUGAGGGAAACAAAGAUUGA